GAUAAUUUAAUCAAAACUUAAACUACCUAUUGAACAGCCGUGUAUACAAAAUAAUAUAAAGCAUUUACUUUAAACUUUUGAUAAGUUAACAAGUUUAGUAUCAACGCAGUGAAUUAAUAUUAUUUUAACUAAAAUAUUCCAGUUAUGGUUUCCUUCAAUGCCCGUGGACUGGUGCCACCUGUAUUUACACCACUGAAUGACGAUCAAAGCAUCAAUUAUGACAUUAUUCCGGCAUAUGCUAAGUAUUUGGCCGACGAAGGGAUUAAAGCGGUGCUCGUGGGAGGCACAACAGGAGAGAACAUGUCUCUCUCCGUGGCAGAUAGGAAGAAGAUAGCAAAUGUAUGGGUACAAGCGGGAAAACCCUACAGGUUCCAUAUAAUGGUACAAGUCGGAGGUGCUCCACUUCCUAACGUUUUGGAAUUGGCGGGAUACUGUUCUAAAAUAGGAGUGGAUUCCCUACUGACUCUUCCCGAGUUGUACUUCAAGCCGCAAUCGGUCGCUGAGCUGGUUGGCUACGUGAAGCUAGUUGCAAACGCUGCGCCCAACCUACCAGUGUUAUAUUAUCACAUACCCAGCUUUACUAAAGUCGAAAUACACAUGCCGUCCUUCGUGAGGGAAGCCACACUGAGCAUACCGAACUUCAAGGGCAUCAAGUUUACAAGUAAUGACCUGAGCGAGUGUGCGCAAGUGCUGCGAGCCUUGAAGACUGGCCAGGAGGUGUUCCUCGGCUCUGACACAUUGCUAGCUCCAGCAGCCCUAUUAGGCAUAAAAUCCAGUAUCGGAACCACGUUCAACUUAUUUCCACGACUCGCUCAGGAUAUACUGACUGCGGUGGAAAAUGAAGAUAUUAAACAAGCUAGAGCCCUUCAAGAGAGAUUGAGUGUGGCUAUAGAGGCUUUUACCAUCGAAGGUACGUGGGUUCCUGUAAUGAAAGCUGGUAUGGAGAUUGUAAGCGGACUCAAAAUGGGACCUCCAGCGUUGCCUCAAAUGCCGAUCUCCGAAGAAGCGAAGAAGAGGCUGGCAUCAAUAAGAACUUUGAAAAUGACCGUUUGAAUGAUAGAAGAUCUUUUCCAUAAAUAUCUUAUAAUUUUUUGUUUUAUUUAAAAAUAUAAUUUAAGAAUUGGUUUAUAUCUAUACCUUUUAAAUAUUUAUUCUGAUAUUAUAUUUUCUAAUUCGAUG